GUCCAUGGCCGGGAAAAGCGGUCGCAAAGCCCCGGCUCCCCCGCCGGUGGUGGAGGUCGCGCCAACCCCGGAGGGGGAGCCCGCGGAAUCCGGAGGGACCUUCGCGGAGACGCAGUCUCCUCCGUCUACCUUGUCUACGGUCUCUCCGUUGUCUCCAUCGUCUCCGGCAGCCGGGCCCUCGGCCGCAGCCCCAGCCGCGGUCUCGGUCGCGGCCUCGGGCACAGGCGUCAGUGAAACCCCCGCGGAUGCUAAGACUACGCCUGAGCAGGAGAAGAAUCUCUGGGAGCAGAUCUGCGAGGAAUAUGAAGCUGAGCAGCCUCCCUUUCCAGAAGGGUAUAAAGUAAAACAACAGCCUGUGAUUACUGUUUCUUCUCCAAUGGAGGCAACAGUUUUCCCAGGUUUAAGUCCAGAAAACUUUUUUCAAGUUACCCCAAAUUAUGCGAUUGUCCAAGAUGUACCUUGUGUAGCACCAGAAGCUCCAGAAGUUUUUGACCCCAAAACAUGUUCUCCAAGAGAAUAUCUAGAAAAUUUCAUAUUUCCAGUGUUGCUUCCUGGAAUGGCUAACUUACUCCAUCAAGCUAAGAAGGAAAAAUGUUUUGAGCGGAAAAAAACAAAAUUUAUUGCCUGUGAUUUUCUGACUGAGUGGUUAUACAACCAGAAUCCAAAGAGGAUAGAUGAGCCAUUCACAGAAUUCUUCUCAAUUCCAUUUGUGGCAGAUUGGCUAAAGAUUCAUCCUAGACCACCAAUUCCUCUCUCUCUCCUGCUAUCAGAAGAAGAAGCAACCCUCAUGAUCCAGUCAUUCUGGAGGGGCUAUCUGGUUCGUUGUGAACCUGAGAUCCAAGAAUUGCGCCAGUGGCAGAAGCAACUGAGAGAAGAUAAUCACAUUCGUCAGAGAGUAAAAGAAUUCUGGGCUAAACAGGAAAAAAAAGUGAAAUGCACAUUAGAGGAUGAAGAACAGACUCUCAAUCUGCAGCCUCAACCAAGCACCAUUAUAGAUGCCUCGAGCAAAUAAAUGGUAUCUGCCUCUUGCAUUCUUAAGUCUUAGAUAUAAAAAGUCUUUGUGUUCUGGCAAAAUGAAGCAUUACUGGUGAACACAUCAAGAGCAUAGCUUUAUAUAUGCAGGUGUAGUCGAUUAUGUACAAACGCUCUCAUUCUCUGGAACCUUCCCCAAUAAUCCAUGCUAUCUGGGAGAAAAGCAAGAGUCUGGAGUUCUUGCAAACAUUACAUUUCCCUUUCAGUAGUUGGUCUAGAUGUUUCCCUCCUGUGGUACAAAACUGCUUGUGAAAUGCAGGAUGACAUUGGUACUCUAACUGCCCAUUCCCUAGUCCUAAUAGAUAUUGUAACCUGAUCAUUACCAGUGCACUAUUUUCCUGGUUCUCUCUAAGCAUUCAAAUCUGUUUUCCCACCUUUUGUGAAAUACUUAGUUCAAAUUCCAAAGAUUCAUUUUUAAACUGAGAUCCUAAACCUGGGAGGAAUCCUGGUUUUCUUUUCCUGAAGCUAUAGCCUUUUGCAAGCAUUUGUUCGUUUUAAAUUCCUUUGCUACAACAGUAGUUCAUUUCAAAGGAGAACAAUAUUUAUGAUAAUCUUUAACAUUUACUCAAACCUACAGGAGUGCAAAUGCAAGCAACAAAAGAAGGAGACCAAGUGAGUUUUCCACUGAAACCUCUAGGCCAAAAAUAUGGUAGAGAGGUCUUUAGCAUCCUGCUGAAAUUAAUAUCAAGUCCACAUUCGUUCUCCCAUUUGCAGUAUCUGAAGUCACUGCAUCUAAAUUCCUGAGACUACCCAAAGGGCCAGAUGAUGAAGGAAAAUGUCGUUAGGCCAUUUGAACAAGUUACGACAAACAUUGUACGUAAAUAGUAAAGCCUUUAUUUUUUGUUAAGAACAGCAUUUUGAAAAUAAAACAUAUCUGCCCAUGCUUUACAACCUUCUUAAUUUGUAUUCUUAUAUACAGUCAUUUAUGGUACACAUUGAUUGUCUUGAAAGUUCUUUAAAGGUGUUCUUUGUAAG